ACCGAAAUGGACGCGAGAAGCAGAGCGGCGGCUGCUUUACUGUUAGAUUUCCUUGAACGAUCCGAGAACGACGAGGGAGACUUUGAAGGAGACUUUGAUCAGGAAUUAAGCGACGAUCUCGAUGAUCGUAGCAGCGACGAAGAAGAACAAGCCCGGCCAACGUUUGGAGGCUAUGAAUACGAAUUUAUAGAUAACGUUUUGGACAAUCAAAUAUGUCCGGUGUGCCUUUUGCCUAUGAGAGACGCUGUCCAAACUAAAGAGUGCGGCCAUCGAUUCUGUAAAGAUUGCUUACACGGGAUUCUAAGAAGUAACCAUCCAGUUUGUCCGAAUGACAGGCAGAACAUCAAACGAAAGGGCGGGUUUUUUUCAGACAAAGCCUGGGCUAGGGAUAUUUUGUGCCUCCGAGUAAAAUGCAAACAGAGCGCCACAGGAUGUGGCUGGAUUGGUCAACUGCGACACGCGGAGGACCACCAAAAGACCUGCCCCUAUGUAGAAGAGCAGUGCCGCGAUUGUGAAGCAAACAUACAGAGAAGACACCUUAAUACUCAUUACAAGGAGGAGUGCCCAAAGAGAUUAGUGGAAUGUGUGCACUGUCAAAAAAAGUACCGUUUCAUGGAAAAAACUGUACACGAGGACUUUUAUUGUAGCCGUUACCCUCUCAGCUGCACCAAUAAUUGUGGAGCCUUGCAAAUACCACGAGAAGAGCUGGAAAGGCACAUUUCCGAACAAUGCCCGUUGACUGAAGUGACCUGCCCCUAUGCCAAGGCCGGGUGUCCUUAUAAGGAUAAGAGAGUUCACCUGAGCAGACACAUGGAGACCAGCGUGGAUAAUCACUUGUGGCUGACAUGGUACUCGCUCGUGGAAACAAAACAAGAGCUUGGCAAUCUGAAAGAUCUGCGGCAGAAAUAUAUCAAGGUUCAGUUUGUGAACGAGAGGCUGACACAGUCCUCUGCUGAGUUCGUUGGAGAGAUCCGCGAUUUAUCGGCAGCUGUUAAACGAUUGGAAGCACAAAACGCCAAACAAGUGAAGCAGAUCGAAGACUUGACCAGAAAGCUUGAAAAAGUUCAAAAGCCUGGCAAAUCUUACUCAUCAAGGAAAAGCGCGCUUAAUAAUUCCUACUGAAUUUAGUAACAAAAAAUAACGAAGCAAUCUCAAAGACCGAUUAGAUCAAAGGAGAAGUCACAAUUGGGAGCAUAUCAGUGAUAACUCGGGGUUUCAGUUACUUUACAUACUAUGAGAGGUUGAAACACUCACCCCUUACUCCCGCCUUGUAUUUGAAAAAAAAAUUUCAAGAUAUGGUCUUGAGCGCUUUUCCCGCUGACGAAAAGUAGCUUCCAUUUAAACUGUUUACACUACGCUGCAAGUUGAAGUCAGCGAUGGCAGUCAAACUGUUUCCGCUUUCAAACCCCUGGGGAAAAUCAUUUUAGUACGUCAUACUGUUCUAUAGAGGGCCCAGCAGGGCGAGAGACCUUCAGGCGCUAAAAAAUAUUAACGGAGUUUGUCGUUUAAAGUUUUCAUUACAUAUCACUGACCGACCUGGAUUUCUCUUCAAUUGGGAAAGCUUCCUACCCUCCCCACCCAGACUUUGAUGUAGUUUAAUAUGGUGUGAUGUUUUCCUUGGGGUGAUAUAGUCAAUUGGAUGUACGAAGACAUCAACUGAGUUCUCGAAAAUAGUGAAAUAUUGCGUGUAAAUGUUCCACUUCAAAGGUCAUAGUAACCUAGCAUUAAUAUAGCUUGUAAUGCAAAUGUUCAAAGACUAGUUCUGAUUCGUAACGAGCGAGUAUCAUUGAGGUUAAUUUGACAGGAUGGAUCAGCCAUUCUGGCUGGUUUUAAUGCGAGAAGGAAAAUUUUCUACUGGCUCUUUAUAGCAAUUAUUCAUUUUUUCUCAAGUUUUUCUUGCUUGUAAA